AUGGCACAACAGCCAACAUAUAUCCUCGCCCCCAACUUCCACUUCAAACCCGGAACAGGGCCGAUCGCGUUGGGCAACAUCAUAGCAGACCCGCUAAGACCGCACCGAGCUCUCACGACUGUGGAUGCGACAACAUUAAAAGCAGCAUAUCCACGGAUCGAAACAUUUACCGACUACGAGAGAAGCAUUACUCGAGGAAGCAGUCGCGAUGUCUCGAUGAGCGUGUGGGCGGAAUUCCUAAACAGUGUAUCCGCGAAAGUCUCGGGCAGCCGGGGCAGCGAUGUGCAAUCAACAUAUACGAUGGACUCCCUUGAGUCAAUGUUUUUCGUGAACGAUCCGACACUAGAAGAGAUCCGCUCUCGUUUGAAAGCUCCUAUGGUUCAGGCGGUCACUAAGGCGGGUAGGAUCCCUGGAUUCAGGACGCCCGUUUACAUGGUUACGGGUCUAAUGGUUGCCAAGGGAUUCUCCGCCGACCUGGAAAAUACACAACGACGCGGCGGAGAGGUUGAGCUUAGCGGAAACGCCCCUUCGCCGGUCGGUCAAGUUGGUGCUGGAGCUGGCCUGGCGCGAUCUACGAGCACCGAGAAGGCAGAUCAAUGGAAAGCCGGGGAGGACAUUGUCUUUGCAUACCAGCUUCUCAAGAUUGAGGUCAAAGGCUGGAAAGGAGAUCGAAUCAUCUAUGACGAGCUGAGGCAUAAGAGUGCUUUAUUAAGCAACGAUGAGGAAGAUGAUACAGACGAUGAAGAGGAGGAGGAAGAGGAGGAAGGCUUGCAAGAGGUUGUGAUUAGUUCAAUUCGCGCCGAUAAUCUACCAAGCGGUCGCGAUGCAGGAGGGUUUGCUGUCUCAGAACUUGGUGAAAACCAGGAUCAUGUUCACUGUAUAUUUACAACAUGA